GGAAGCGGUGGAAAGCGGGCUGGGCGAGGCUGGGUGUUCAUAAUGCAGCGCAUGUGUACAGAUGAAAGAGCACAUUUGUUGAGAAAAGACUAUGAGCAAGGAAGACGACAGGGAGGUUUGCACCGAGGAGGAGGGAGAGUUGAGCGACGAGGAGAUGGUUGAGAGUUUGGAGGGGAAUGCGGAGAGGGAGGACUUGUUGGGAAGGGAGGAGGGCGAGGGGAUGUAUGGAUACAAGAAUUUGGAAGAGAAGUUGAAGUCGAUGGAGGUGUGCGUGUAUGUGAAUCCGGUAUCUUGGGAGGGCCAGAAGGAGAAGAAUUGCGAGUACAUGGUGAGUUGUUGUUUUGACGAAGAAAAGGAGGGGUGGAGGAGUAAGUGGUCCAGAGGUGGUUGGGAGGGGAGCAGCGGGUUGCUGACGGUCCCCACAGACAAGCAGGGGAACAGGGUGGUGGAGAAGUUGAGGAUGGUGUUGUACGAGAGGGGGCGAUUGAUCAAGGUGGUGCAGAGGAAGGGAGUGGUGGAGUGGGAAUUGAGCGGAUUGGAGGACGAGUAUCCUCGCGACGCAUGGUACAGCGUGAAGAACAAGAGGGGGAAGGAGACGGGGUACCGCUUGCGCGUACAGACCAAGUACAUGAAGCCUGGGACGGGGAUGGAUUUGAAAGAAUUCAACUCGAUGGCGCACUAUCUCCUGUCGAAGGGCGAAAGGAACUAUUGGCUGAGCCUGAUUGUGGAGAAGGACCCGGCUUGGGUGAGCAGCUGCGUGGACGAAAAAGGAGACAGCUUGGUGCAGUUAGCUGUCAAGCUCGGGGAGGUUUGGCACGCCAAGAAACUCAUAUAUAAGACGGACGGGGAGUGUUUGAAGGUGAAGACGGUGAACAAGGAGACGCUGUUACAUUUGGCGGCGUCGGCUGACAAGAAGAAUAGAAGCAAGAAGAUGAUGAAGUUGUUGCUGAAAGAAAAAAAAAUAGAUGUCAACGCAAAAGACGACCAGGACCGAACAGCGUGCCACGUGGCGGCAAAGAGCGGGCACGCGGAGGUCCUGGAAUUGCUUUGCAAGGCGGGUGCAGAUACGAAUGUGCUGGAUUCGAGCGAUCGCACCCCGCUAAUGGUUGCGCUGAGGUCGUGUUCGGACCGCUAUCGAGUGGCUGUGCUUCAGACGCUUUUCAAGUACGGCGCCAGUGCCAACGUGAGAGACGAGAACGGAAACCAGGUAUGGGAGGCCAUUAGAAGAAUGAGCAUCUCUCAACGCGCCAUGGAAGACUUCAAAGAAGUUUACGGCGUUCACGAUUUGAGAGAAUUCGCUUAUCCAAAUAUGAAAAAAAUAGUGCUUGAUGGCGUCUGUGAGGAAGAUCCUCUUCUCAGCACGCAAUUUGCGGUCCGAGCCGUUCACAAGGGCGCUCAAGUCAUUAUCUUGAGCGCUCUCAUACCCUUCGUCGUUGUCAAGGCCACACAAGACGAACACUCGGAGCCCGCUUGGACGCCUCGCGUCGUUGCUAUCGCGAACACCGCCUCAUCCCUCUCCUACAUGUUUAGCUCCUCUUGCAUCUACCUCAUCAUUCCGUAUGCGUCAAAGCAGGUCUGCAGCCUCCCCGCGCACUUUUCCAUUGUCGUAAUUUUCGAGGAAAAAGCACCUAUUCAAUCCAACCCGACUCGUCCCUGGGCCUAUACACUUCAUUUCGACGGCGAAUGGGGCGUCGGCUCGUCCGGAGGCGCCUCUCCUCACGCGAGCUGGACGUCCAACCCCACCUUCUCCCUGACCGUGCCAAGCGGACCCAUCAAAAUCGCCGUCGCGCUCUCCCAGGAGUCAGGCGACCGCGCUCUCAAGCUCUACCAAGAGUGUGUCAGCACUCCGUGCGAGUUCGGCAUAGGCUACUACAUCCUCCUCGGAAAAGGCGGCACGAGCAUCGUCGACUCGACGAAAAAAUGGGCGAACUCUCAGGACGUGUACGAAGAGUUCGAGUUGAACUUCGAGCGAGACCAACUCAUUCGCGUCAUGCCGUGCACCUUCGAGCCCAACCAACACAACAAGUUCACAUUAAAGGUCUUCUCGGACGUCCCACUCAGAGAGGCGUAGCGCACGCACAUGGAAGGCGCCCCUCGUCUGUACUAAAACGUAAUGUAGGUAUGACUUCGAAAUUUAGAGUUUUUUUUUUCUCAGAUUUUA